AUGGCGAAAGAAAUCCAGCUAAGGCCCAAGGUUAAUGUCUCUUCUUACAUCCAUUUCUUAUUGAAUUACAGAAACAAGUUUAAGGAGCAGCAGCCAAAUACCUUCCUUGGCUUUAAAGAGUUCUCUAGAAAGUGUUCGGAAAAAUGGAAGUCCAUCUCAAAGCACGAAAAGUCCAAAUAUGAAGCCCUGGCCAAGCUCGACAAAGCCCGAUACCAGGAAGAGAUGAUGAACUAUGUUGGCAAGAAGAAAAAGCGCCGAAAGCGGGACCCACUCGCGCCCAGGCGGCCUCCAUCAUCCUUCCUACUCUUCUGCCAAGACCACUAUGCCCAGCUGAAGAGGGAGAAUCCCACCUGGUCCGUCAUACAGGUGGCUAAGGCCUCCGGGAAGCUGUGGUCUGCAAAGUCUGACACAGAGAAGCAGCUGUACGAAGAGAGAGCGGCUAUCCUGAGAGCUAAGUACUACGAGGAGCUCAAAGUCUACCGCGAGCAACGCAAGGCCAGGAAGAAUCUCAGACGGUCGGCGAGGAACCCGUGCAGAGGGUGCAGGCAGGCCAAGGCCGCUGCCGCUGGUGGCUCCCAUUAGAAAUAAAAGGCCAUUCAACUGUA